AUGACCGGCGAUGAAUAUAAAAGGGCUCAAGAAGCUUGGGUGUCGGAUUGUACAGGAGGAUCUACAUUUGAAGUGAUAACCAUCUGCUUUAGUUCUGUUGCAUCACAUAUACUUUGGUCAUCUCUUUCCAGGGCCAAUAUCAAGAUAUCUGAUAGUUACUGGGCCCAAGUAUUGAUAUAUUGCUUGCCAGUCUUUGCAUGCCAAACUUUGGCUGCUGAUUAUGCACAUUUAGUAUCAAUUGGUCUUUUGACUGCUAGUGCUCUUGUGUAUAAUCUGACAUCAGAAUCAGCAUCAGCAUCAGUGUCACCAUUACCUGAAGCCAAAACAUCAAUGUUUAAAUCUUACUUGACAGUCUAUCGAGGCUGUACUAUGCUCAUGACUUGUAUUGCUAUUCUUGCUGUCGAUUUCCCCAUUUUCCCUCGGCGCUUUGCAAAAGUAGAGACCUUUGGAACCUCUCUUAUGGAUGUCGGUGUUGGAUCAUUUGUAUUCUCUUCUGGGGUAGUGGCCUCGCGUGCUUACCUUGCCGGAAAUUCAUCAUUGUCAAAGUCAAAGGCUCUCGUACAAUCCUUUAGAUCUGCCUUGCCAAUUCUUGUUUUGGGAGGACUUCGUCUUGUUUUGACCCGAGGUGUUGAUUAUCAGACUCACACAUCGGAAUAUGGAUUGCAUUGGAACUUUUUCUUUACUCUCGGAUUCCUUCCUGCUUUUGUUACACUUGUUAGUUUUCUUCAAAGAUAUGCUUCGUUUGGCGUGCUUGCCCUGACGGUUGGUGCUUUGUAUGAGGCAGUGCUUCAGUAUGGUCUCCAGACCUGGAUAUUAGAGGCACCCAGAGUGGAUCUUUUGAGUGCAAACAAGGAAGGAAUAUUUAGCUUUUUUGGGUACCUAUCUAUAUUCUUAUUUGGAUUGGAUUCUGGAUUGGUUGUAUUUAAGAAAUACAAGGCAGAUGACGAUAGAUGCCCUACUGGACGCCAAUUGAUCAAGAGAGCUGUUGGUCUGUGGAUUGUGUAUAUGGCCUGGACAGGGACAACCGACUUUGCUGUUUCCCGUCGCUUGGCCAAUGGACCAUAUGUUCUGUGGGUGGUUGCAUUCAACCUAUCUCUAUUGGCUGCGCUUGUGUUUGUAGAUCAUAAAUCACAAGUAAAAGGUCAAGGUCCUAGUCUAUUAUUUGCUAUGAACCAAAAUGGUCUAGUUACUUUUCUGGUUGCUAAUGUAUUGACUGGGCUGGUUAAUCUCAGUAUAAGAACCCUGUAUUGUAGUGCUAUUGUGAGCUUCUUGGUUUGCUCAAUCUACAUUGUGGCCGUGACUUUAUUCCCUUGGGUAUUGUGGACCAAAUUUCAGAUACGAUUUAAGCUCUGA